GGUUCCUCGAACUACUCCACCGGAAAUGACGCAUCUGUUUUGGCAGUACGUCACAGACUUCUAGCCAAAGGCAGCAGAGACGUGGAGUUUGAAUUUUUGCGGGCUAACUAGCUAAAGUUAGUUGCUAAUACACACCGGAUGUAUAAUAAUCUGUUAACGUUCUCACCAAAGCUAUGGCGUCGUAUAAGCAUUUAUUACAACACGCGAAACCAAAGCAUGAGUCUCCUGCUAAGGUGUUUGCCAAGCUAAAAUCCAAAGUUCAGAGAGAAGCGAUGUGCGUGAAGGAGGAUGUUUUUACAGACAACGAUUCACCGUGUAAGGGUGGAGAGAAACAUGGAGCGCCUUUUAACUCGCAGAGGAAUAGAGCAAAGCAUUUCUGUGUGACCGAUGAACACAAGGAAAAUCACAGGUUUGCUUCUUGUAACGUUACCAGUGAAGUGCGGGCUUUGACCCUCUCGCCAAUAUCGAGUCCUCGGAAAACCGGGUACUCGUUGUCAGACAUUAGGAGCAAGCACGCUACGGAAACGCCUCCUGUGACUGAAAGGAUACAUGGUGUAAUGUCAAGAAAUGAACACACGCCAACAAAGAAAGCUUUUCUGGAAUCAGCAGCCGUGUCCCAUCACCUCUCCCAGGUCAACAGAGAGCAGCUCCACCCAGAGCCACCUCAGAUCCGAGACAUGUAUGCUUUCAGCAGGGCUCCGACGAAAAGCCAGCUGGCAGAAGAUGACUGUGUAAGGACUGAGGAGGAAUGUGCUUCUCCCAACAAACUGAUGUCUCCAGCCAAACUGUAUACCCCGAUAAAAAACAGAUUAAGGAAGAGAACAUGGGAGCAGCAGGAGUUUGAUAAAGUCAGCAACAGUACAAAGGUGGUCAGCACUGAACACACAAAUCAACAACAACAGAGGAAUAACACCCACAGUACUUGCAUGGAUGAUGAUCUGGGUGAUGUUAGAGGAUUCCCCGUUGAUGGGUCAGAAAUGACCCAGUUCACUCACGAACCCAUGUCCCCACCACCAAGAUCUGUUGCAGAGAACCGUUGCUUUGUUGUUCUGGAAAGACCUCCUCCAAUGAGUCUAGCUAAGAUGUUUGCUUUUAUGAAGGAGAGGGAACAUAAACGAGAGCAGCACAAAGUUGAUCAAGUCAGCAGCAGCACGAGGGAACGUUUUGAUGGGGGUAAUUGCCCUAAGCACAGAGACAGGCAGCUCUCCACAGCUCACAAUAAAAGUGAGCUUCCUGACAGCCACUCCAGACUCGAGCCACCUGACAGCCCGUCAGUUCCCUCUGAGGAUGUUCCCAUCCCCGCUGUGCCGUCACAACCUGUUUUGUACGAAGACCCGCUCUUGCUCAAUUCACCAGAGAUUUCCAUCCCAAAGAAACACGAGCCUGUGUUCACGCGCAACAAAUUGUCCCAGUGUGCAAAAUUCCCAAAUGAGAAUGUGAUUUAUCUCAAAAAGUGGUACCUGAGGAAAAGUAGUAAGGGCCUGUUUGUUGAUGGAAUUCACAGUGAGAAAAACAUACCAUGGAAGACUAACCUCGUUGCGGAAAGGGUGUCUAAUUAUGUAGUGAAGACUGUGUCUGGCACGGUUUAUGUUUUGGUUGGCAAGAUGAACUUGCAUGUUCAGUCUGACUUUUCCAAGUGGUUUUUGAGGAGAUUUGCUUAUGGUUUUCCUGUGAACUGGAAGUCACUUUAUGAGAAGUUUCUUUCAGAGUCAAGAGACACAAGCAGAAAAACUGAGAGGAACCGUGAUAGGGGCACCAUCAAAGCCAGGACAAAAUCUGAGGCAUCCUCCAUCAACCUCUCUGUAACACAGCACAGGCAAAAGCCUUUCAAGACACCUGAUACCUGUCCUCCUGCCUUCCCUGCUACAAAAGUGUCUCGGAGUGGGCGGGUGAUCAAGCCACCUCUCGAGUAUUGGAAAGGGGGAAGAGUCAUUCUGGAUGCCCACAUGAAUGUUACCAUCCAUGAAUGUUACAAUACCUCCACCUGCAUCCCUGAGGUCAACACAACAGUGUCUGCGAGGAUGUCACAGAAACCUGUCUGUGUGUUCCUACCCUGCAGUGAAGACCGUAAGCAGUACGAAUCAGCCAGUGAAGAAGAGGCUUCUGUACCAGUGAGGAAAGUUAAGGCUUCACUUCGUAGAUGUAACAAAGUCAAGGCUAUCCCUAAAGAGGAGUCCUCUAAUUCACCUGAACCUGCUGUGGAGACAAUUAGCAGCUCUCAAGAGUGGUCUGGAAGAACAAUGCAUAGCCGAAUGCAUCCAGCUUCAGAGAGGAUGUUGUAUGUGGACACAGUUCCUCAAAAGCAAAGGGAGCCUAAAAAGUCCUCAGCAAAAAAGUCAAAAAAACAGGCACAUGUGAAAGAGAGGAGACAGACUGUCGUAGCAUCCCCAGAAUCUCUCACUGUUAACGAUAAAUCAUUACAGCAAGAAUCAUCCGAUGAUGAGUUUUUCAUUAACAGGGCGAAACAAAGGAAAAGUGAGUUCAGGAUGAGAAGAGGGGAGAUUCUUAACAAGUCACAGAUAAGACAAGUUUCUCCAUCUAGUCAGUCAUCAGAGUCCUCUGAGAAGAACGUGAAGGGAUGGAGCAAAAGAACCAGAGAAGCCAAAAAUAUUGAUGCUGCACAAACACAGAGAAAAAGCAGCAAAACAUCAUCAUCCAUAACACUUUUACCUAAGUCACCGCAAUCUAGCUUGAAACGCAAGCCAAUUAAUACCAGGACAGUGGCUACACAAGAGCAAAAGAAGGACAAGCGGACCGAGGCAGAACUCAUGAAACUACAAGAGGCUGUGCCCUAUAAUCUUAAGAGCAUGACAGAUUACAGGGCUAAGGGGGCAGAAAUGGUAGGAACACAUUCUGCAGAAGAGUGCCUCACAUCCCGAGGAACAUCAGAGACUACUGCUAAGAAAACCAAGAAAUCCAAAAAGGAAAAGGUGGAAGCACCAAAGGAUCCAGUUCCUCUGAUAUCUGCUGGAGUGGGAACCUUAAAGAGGAAGCAGCAGGUGCGUCAGUUCUUGGAAACUAUGCCCAAAGAAGAUGUUGAUGACAUUUUCAGCUCCACACACAUGCAGAAUGAACAGUUUAGGAUCCCCUCCAUGUGUCCGAGUGAAAGCCCUGGCUUCACGCUGUCGGCUGAGGAAGACUCUCCCGUGACCCCCCUGUCGAAAGUUUUUCCUGAAGCAAAGACUCCUCAGUGUCUGGCUAUUACUCCUGGCAUGAUGGGCUCCCCAAAUAGGAACAAUGGCGACAAGAUGGUCUUUCAGUUGCAGAAGAGGACAAAACAGAGGCGGUUUAAUGUCUGCAAACCAUACAAACCAGCUCCAUCUUCAAAGAGUUUUGGACCCACGCCAUCAAUUAAACGAGAAAUGAGAAGAUGUGUUAAUACAGAAAAUGAUACCUUUGUCGUUUGGGAGAUGUUCCAAGAUGACGACAGACAACUGUCUGACAGUGAAGAGGAGGAGGAUUUCUAUUUCACUCAUGAUGACUGAUUAAAGUUAGAGCUGCAGUUAUUCACAUGAUUUAAAAUCAGUGGACGGACUUGACCUCAUCAAAUGUGAACAAUAAAACUGGUGCAGUUUUGCUUUCUGGUCAUUUACAUGUAAGGUGGGAUUGUGAAGGUUUUUUUUAUAUGUAAGUGCACAUUUGUGUGAAAGAAGUAAUUGUUGUAAAGUUUUUAAACGAUCUGAAAUGCGCUGUAUAAAAAUUAAAUGCAUUUUUGCGCUGAGACAUUUUUACCGGCUGUGAAAUUGCACUUAAUUUCAUAAUUGUUUUACAUCCUGUCAGAAACAGACUUGUUUCUGACAUUUCUGUAAAUGAUUUUUUUUUAGUUCAAAUCCCAAAGGUC